UUCUGCAUUUAGUACUUUUAGUACUUUAAGUAGGCAUUUUCCUGAUUUUACUUAAAUUCUUUUACAUAAGUAACAUUUUCAAUGAAGGACAAGGUAUUUUUACAGUGAGGUACCCACCUCUGAUAAAAUUUUAAUACUCAAGUAAAGUACAAUUAGGCCUACAAAAUUGUAAAUGUACUUUCUUACUAUAAGAUUACUGAUUGGAGCAGAGUCUGGACACGAGCCAGUGCACGUGCGCGUGCACCGUGUUUUCGCCCCUCCAUAAAUAGAAGUCCGAGCGCCAGCGACGAAUCAGUGAACAACACACAGCAGUUUAACAGCCAAACUUUCACCGACAUUUGAAUUUUUAAGGGCUUUUAAAUGGAGUGUGCACAGCGUCGGAGGAGACGCUGCCUUUUUUUAAGUGUCGCCGUUAUCAUUCUUAUAAUUAUUGUCGUGGCCGUUGUGUUGGGACUGACGCUCCGUAAGGAAACAGACGGACUUAAGCCAGCAUUUAUUGCUAGGUGUGAGGCGUUCAAAGGAUACGACUGUCAAACUGUAUGGGGUGCAUUUGAACAAGCCUAUGUGGGGCAGGACCCUUGUAAAGUUCCCAUGGAAGCCUAUGACCCCCUCAUUGCAGCGGCCCCCUUCAAACCUGCAUGCAACAGAAUGAUGUUCUGGAGCAAAACGAAGGAUGUGGUCCAUGACUUCACUGAGAAGAAAGAUUGUUUUAUCACCCUGGAGGACACUCUGUUGGGAUCUGUGCUGGAUGGUCUGACCUGGUGUGGAAAAGAGGGCAGCAGUGAAACAUUCACUACCGGCUGCCCAGGAUGGACAGACUGUGAGAACAACCCUGUUCGCUCAUUCUGGCUCAAAGCCUCAGCUGCUUUUGCAGACAUUGCCUGUGGUGAUGUCACAGCAAUGCUAAACGGAUCCAUCACCACACCGUUCAGUCCUUCGAGUAUUUUUGGGAGCAUCGAGGUGAAGCGGUUCAACUCCACCAGGAUAGGAAGCCUGACUGUUGUUCUGGUCACAGAGAAGAACUCUGUGACAAACUGCACAAAUGCAUCUUUAAAGGAUUUACAGAAAGAACUGGAUAAAGGAAUUAAAUAUAACUGCAAGGAAGUGACUGAAGCUCAGAUCCAGGAAUGCAGCUCUGAUCCAGAGAAACCCUGUAGUUCCUGUUGGUGAAGAUUCAGAUUAUACUGUCUGAAAAGAUGAGACACAACAAUAACCAGCUAUAAAAAUAUUCAUCUAGAGAUUGUUUUUAUUUUUGUUAAAUCUAUUAAACAGUAUAGAAUGUAUCGUAGAAAAGGUUUCAGUCGUAGUCAUCUGGACACUGUUUUCAGAAUCAAGACGUUUCGGCUCCCAUCCGGAAGUCAUUCUCAAUUGUGAAAAAAUGGGACGGGAACUAGAAAUUUAAGCUACUCUGUGUUACAUAAGCCCUGCCCUCAGGAAGGAAUCUGUUAAUAGCUAGUUUCACCUGAAACUGACCUAAUUGUUUCCAAGAUGGCCCAGUAACCAAGAUGGCCCAGUAACCAAGAUGGCCC